UUCGUACUUGUUAAAAUUUGCCAGAUGUCGAUAGGACGUAAUGUGGUAGUGUGUCGAAUCGCAUACCACUUUUAUUUACAGAUUGAUAAAAUCGAAAAGGUGACAAUACAAAGUAAAAGUAAUAAAGUACGCUGUUGGCAGCUAAAAGUAGCAGCUAAGACCCGUGCAUACGUUGCAUUUUGUGAAUAUUGUUUAAUGAUAAUAAAUUCUUAGUAAUUUGACGUAGAUUGACAUAUCGUUUCGCAAGUAGUUUCCACGGAGCAGCAUUUGUGUUCUUAUAGUGAAUAACAUCGGUGUGGAAUUUUCUCAGUUUAGUUCGGUUUAAGCUAAAAUCAGUGUUUGUCGUGAAGAUUGUGACAAAAGGAAUAGUGAUUAUUGUUAGUGUGUUUGUGAUUAACGCAUAACUAUGUACGUGCAAAACUUUCUUGUUGGCAAUGAUUGCUUAAAGAUAUGUGAGGGAGCGACAAAUAAACAGGAUAUAACUUCAUAAUGGGGUAUUCAAUACUGCGGCAGUCUCGUAUCGCUGCCAACGAUGUUGCGACCGGAGUCACCCCUCGCUGACCACCGCAGCCUGCUGCCGCGGCGGCUCCUCCCGGUGAAGGCCCAGAUCGCCCCAGCGGACAAGAAGAAGAACAGACGCUCGCUAGAACUAAAUCCAGCCAACGAACAUGCCACGUACGACUACCCGAAACUACUCAUAUCGAAAACCACCGACUCCCUAAACACCGAGUGUCCCAGGAAGCACUUGAACAAACAAGACUCGACUGACAGCUUAAAGAGGGCGCUCCUCGCCAAGGAGGACAAAAAGAAUGCGGAGAAGAAAGUCGCGAAACAAGACUCCAGCGAGAGUCUGAAAAAGGCGCUGUUGAGUCGACAGGACUCGAAUGACAGCCAGAAACGGUUGGAGACCGAGAAGUGGGCGCAAAAGGAAGAGAAGAGGGAGGUGAAACGGGGCGGUGAUAAGAAGGGACUGUUGGAGACUGAUAUAGAUGAUACGUAUAAGAGAAUAUACGAGAGGCGGACAGGGUGUGCCCGGCCCACGCUGCCACCGGUUGCAGAGAAGGGAGCUUCGCCUAAGUCUCCCAAUGGCAGUCCAAUCACGCCGGGCGUGGCGGCUGUAGCCGAGGGUGUGGUGCGGUGGGGCAGCGGUCUGCUGUCGCCAAGGGAGGAGCCGAGACUCCGACCGGCUAGAAGUUGGUACGGUUAUGGAACGCUACCGACGGACAGUGAUAAGAUGGGAGCUGGUGCGAAUGGACCAGGUGGUAGACGCGCUCUGGAGUUAAUACUGAGCGGCGGUCUGAAGUCGCUGGCUCGCACCAACAAGCCGGUGCGGCGGGCUGCCAGCAGGGACUCGGUGCUGUCGCAGCCACAGCCUCUGCUUGAAGGUCUCCGCAAAUGCUCCACGGUGCUGGCGCUGACGGACCGCGAGCGUGCGCCGGAGCCGAUCCGCGCGCACAACCGGCUGCGCGCGCCGUCCGUGUGCUCGAGGUGCUCGUCGCUGCUCUCGCUGGCCGGCGCUGGUGGCUCCAGAUAUUCGCUGGACGGUGCCGGCGGUUUCGUUCCCGCUGCGCCAAUCAACUGUAAGCUGUGUCUGGACGACGCGACAGCUGAUAAUGUGACCGUCAUAUCGGGCUGCGGCUGCGCAUUCUGCACGAAGUGCAUGCGCUCGUACGUCGAGUUCGAGAUCAGCAACGGCGCGUACGAGGUGUCCUGCCCGGACGCGCGCUGCGGCGCCGGCGCAGCGCUGUCCAUAGACGAGAUAUCGAAGCUGGUGACGAGUGCGCUGCUGGAGAAACACAUUAAGUUCCGGAUCAACCAUGAAGUGGCGAUGGACGCGAUGCGCGCGUUCUGCCCGCGGCCCGGCUGCGACACCAUAGUGCCGGUGCGCGCCGCCAGCCCGGCGCACUGUCCCAAGUGCAAACACGAUUUCUGCUCGCAGUGCAACCAAGAGUGGCACGGCGGUAUAACCUGCGAGGCGGCAGCCGCUUCCUCCUCCAUGGGCGGCGCGGGCGCGCCCCUCCUCGCCGACUCGGAGCUGAUCAAGCUCUGCCCGAUGUGCCGGGUGCCGAUCGAGAAGGACGAGGGCUGCGCCCAGAUGAUGUGCAAGCGAUGUAAACACGUGUUCUGCUGGUACUGCCUGGCCUCGUUGGAUGAUGAUUUCUUACUCCGGCACUACGAUAAAGGCCCGUGCAAGAAUAAAUUGGGACACUCUCGGGCUUCGGUGCUGUGGCAUCGUGCUCAGGUGGUGGGCAUAUUCGCCGGUUUCGGUUUGUUGCUGCUGGUCGCGAGCCCGCUGCUGCUGUUGGCUGCGCCGUGCAUCGUGUGCUGCAAAUGCAGAUUAUGCAAUCCCAACACGAAAAAUUUGGAAGAAGUCGACGAAAUAGAGAGCAUCAGUCCGGGGCGCGAGGACGACGAGCCGCGGACGCGGUACCUCACCGACUGACGGUACAGGAGCCUCAUGGACCUUACCCUGUACUGAAUAGAGUGCACUUUCCCGUGACACGUGCUAACGAAACAGUGAAAUUCGAAAGACGAAUAACAGUGAAAUAACGCGCGUGGGUGAUUUAAAAAUGGAACGGCGAAAGGAAAAACGCAUUUAUAUUAUGCAAUUGUUGUGAACGACCACUAGUGAUCAAGUGUUUCACGGCGGGAAGUGAUGUGAUUGGUUAAAACGUUCGCUUAUAACAUUUUAGAAUGCGGGUUUGAUUAAAAUUGCAUGGUGUAGAAUGGCGCGAAACUUCAUACGUACAUUUGAUGGUAAAAUCGAGUCAAACGAUUAUAAAGACGUAAACAAUUUCAAUAAAACAAUAGUGCUUCGAUUUUAUGAUCGCAUCAUGAAGACUUGUGUUUGAACCAUUUACAUUUAUGUAAGAAUCAUCCUGAUAACAAUACUAUUUGUCAAAUUUAAUGGAAAAUUUAUAGAAAAAAAAGAAUAUAUUUCCUAUUUUGAUCUCGGACUCGAAUUAGUGUGGGUAUUGUAACAAAAUAGGGGCAAAUCAUUAACUGUGAGCAAGAUACAUUUUUUAAAUUCGAAGCAAAAUUACGUGUUAUCUAUGGUUCUUAUCCAUCGAUAUUUGAUAAGAAAAAAAUGGGUAUAAUGCUAAAAAAAGAUUAAAAUUUAAGAAAAUUCUACAACUCACAGUAUAUGUAUUAUUUAUUGGUUAAAUAAAUGUGGCCUAUGUAUAAAUAUAACUAAUGAAAAGUAAAUUGUUUUACUGUACGAUUUAAUUAUGAAAAUUUGUGCUUAUUAUUAAAGCGGACAGGAAGAAACACUUACCUAGUACACAUGCUUUAUUUCAAAGGCUUUGUAGAACGAUAGCUAGCUAUGAACGAAACAAAACUGCCUACUUGUAACUUAGUGUCAAACCACUUCACUAUAAAGUAUUCGUUAUCUGUGUUUGUCCACUCUGUUAGAAAAUGAAACGAAUGGAAUAAAAUAUUCCAAAUUCAAAAUAUUUUUUAUUAUCUGUUCACGAAAGUAAUAAUUGCGCCAAAUUUAUUUGUAUCAUCUGUAUUUUGUAUCACAUUAUGGCUGUUUGAACAUUCUUUAGAUAUCAUUGUGAAAUGUAAAUACACAUUCAAUAGACAAAGAUGCGUUUGGUCUUUAGUGCAUCCAUUUUACGAUGGUGGUCGAGUACUUACUUUUUCCCUUAACAUACUUAAAUUCAGCAUUUUUCUUUUUACUUUUUUUUUUGGAGGCAACUAGAAAUGUAAAGUUUGAUAGAUCAUUUUACUUUUGCAUUUAUAUUGAUAUACAUUAAUAUGAAAUCACCUUCGUAAAAUGCUUUAUCUAUAAGAGGACUUUGAAAACGAUAAGAUCGUUAGAUGUUGUGGUUUGAUGUGAUUUUUACUAUUAGAAAGAAAAGUGAUAUAUGACUCGUUUGUGACAAAGGUUAUUUAAAAUUUGUGACUUAAUUUGUGCUUCUCAGACGAAACAGGUUUUUGUAUUUUUUACGUUUAAAUUGUGAAUUAUCUCAACAGUUCUAAUUCUGUAUUUGUAAUUAAGAUAUUCGAAUUAUUUAUACCAUUUGAGAACUCAAACUUGAAGUCUUAAUUUUAUUUUCGGCCAUCGAUUAUAGACAUUGACAGCCAAAAAUAGCGCCAAAUUUAACUGGGCGCUGAUUAAAUAAAGAUUUUCAACGAAUUAUCUUAAUUAAUGUGAAACCGUUAUAAUUUAACGUACAAGGCAAUCGCAGAUUGAAAAGGAAACUGGUAUAUUAUAAAUAAAAAAUUAAAGUUUAGUUAUGACAUUCGACUUGCGUAUCAAUUAACGAAACAACUCGAUAAAUACAACCGUAUUAACGAUAUUUAAUUAGUAGAAUGAAGACAAAACUGUUUACAGAAAAUUUUGACUGAUUUCGUAUAAUGAGACUGAAACACGAUCUGUCAGGGGCGACGAGUUCCCUCGCGGCUCCCACAGACUCGGUGUUAUGACGUUUUGCUACUUUAAACUUAUGCUUUUCAAGUUUGUUUUUAACUUAACGUAGGUAGAUAGUGUACUUUUAGUUAGUCAUUUCUAAUUAAGCGAGAGUUAUUAAGGUCAGAGCCAGUCGAUCGAGAGAGAUAAUGUAAUAGACCUUUUAAAUUUGUCCACACGAAAUAGUGGAAACAUACCAGCCAUUAAUUAUUUAAUUUAUUUAAAAUUAAAUGCAAAAAAAUAUAUGGAAUCACCAGAAGAAUUAACAUGGACUAUAUGCAUUAUGUUCUAUUUUCGUCUUUAUUUUAUGUUCGAAAUGUAUAGGAGGUAAUGUAAAAAUGUAUAAAAAUAUAUAGCAGAGAUUGGUGUGUUUUGCUUUUUGUGAUUACCUUCAUAGGUUAUGGACUCAUAUUCGAAAGUAGACAGUGGCUCUCAACAAGUCCCAUAAACAGCGCUUGACGCUAUUUUAACGUAUCACAUAGUUUUAUAUUACAAUUAAUGCGUCGUGUGAAUAAUGAGAGUAUUUAUUGAACAGUAAGCAAAAUAACAAAUAUAUUUUUGUGAAACUUCAAUGAACGAGUAAAUAGGUGUUGUGUAGUUAUUUUGCUUACUGUGUGUUUUUGGAUGUCUUAAACGUGUGUUAAGUGUAACUGCAAUGCAGUGAGAUAUUCAUAUUAUUAAUAUUUACACAACAUUAUUUUUCUAAUCACCUGUGAUUUUAUUCGGAUGUAAUCGUUGAAUCAUUACGCACCGCUUCUCAUGUGUGCGCUCACGAAGAGCCUUAACGAGUAAUUUAUUAGAAAAUUUUAAUAUUUAUGUCUUAAUGUAAUAAUAAUGUAAAUAAGGAAUAAUUGUACUUAUUAGAUGAGGUUCGAUGUAAUGACCGCCAUCCGGUAACGUAGUUUCGAUUUUGGAAUAUCUUUAAUCUUUAGUCUAUGACCAAAAUAGUAAAAAAAAAAAAAUUCUUCAUUACAUUCGAUCCUCAUAAGCUUGUCGUAGCAAGCUAGCUGAAGCAUUUGUAGACUUAUUCAGAAAUGUCUAUAGGUAACUAGAUUAAGAUUUUUUUUUUUU